AUGACUUUAUCUUUAUAUUUUGCCCUAGUUAAUCCUUUAACGAAUCCUUUCUCAGUUAACAUUCCUGAAAGAGGUAUUUCCAUUAAAGAAAUUUUAUACAAGGUUGAACAUAUCACUUUUGGGUAUUUCAAGAUACUGAUAUGUAAAGAGAAGUCAGAACUCCUUAAAACAGAUGAAGCCGCUGAUCAGACGUUAUGGAAGGUUGAAGGUCUUAGUCUUGAAGGUAAAAAGUUACUCUCAAAUGAGGUUAUUCAUGGUUCUUCACACGUAACUACAAAUAGCAUUAUCAUUAUGCAACCGUCACCGCCUACUGCUACUGGUAAAUGUCUUCAAGUUUCUCAAAACAAGAGGGCGCGUAAACUUGUGAAAACCGAAGGACCUGUAGAUGUCUUAAGAAAUUUUUAUGUUUCAUUUAAUGUUCUGGAGUCAACCUGUAAGCCGGAGGAAGCCAUAAAUGAACACGUGUGCGUAUUCCUAGUGGGGCAUUUUCAAUCUGGAAAAUCAUCAACUCUACAUUAUUUCAAUGGUAUCAAAGAGAAUUAUAUUUAUAUACAUUCAUCAAAGUUAGCGAUAGGAUUCCUUUAUGGAUUGUAUGACUGCCUUUCUUUGGAUUUAUGUAAUAAUAUAAAUGAUUUUGAUUAUAAAAUUGGGGCGGAAGGAAUCAAAUUGAUUGUUUUUGCAGGCAGUUUUUCAAUUUCUACAAUGAUUGAAGACAGAAAUUUACAAAUUAAAAGUGUCAUUGAAAUGUCGUCACAUGAGUUGUUACAAAAGUCAUCACAGGAAUUUUCACUGAAAGAGAAACAGAUCCAUUCCUGUCUUCAAAAGCCAGUAGAAGUUCCGUCACCAUUAAAUUCAUCAAAAUCAUUGAGGCGUCAGAUUUUAACAAAGGGCAACACCCAUACUAAUGGUUACGCUGGAUUAGAAGGUCUUUUUGCAUCCUUGUGCAUUGAAUAUGCUAGUGAUGAGAAAUCUCUUGACUUUAAAUUUAUUCGUAAUCCUAUAAAAAAGAUUAGUGGGGUUAAACAUAUUGAAAAAUACCUCACUGAUAAUAAUGAUAAUACCUUUGUCAAAGAUGCAAGGCAUCUUUUAGAGCGCUUUUUACAAAGAGGAACUUUGUCAUCAUCAGAAAUUGUUGAUAAUAAUUUAAUUGCCAUUGUGCAUUUGCGUGCAAUUGGUAUCAUUAAAUGCAAGGACAACUAUUUUGAGUUCACUUCUAAUAUUAUUCUCGAUCUAUUGUCAAGCAUUUAUUAUCCUGUCUAUGAUAGAAAAGCUUUUGCAAGAAUCCCAGUUAUUAAUUCACCUCUAGACUUCUUGAAAAAGGUUUUGGACCUUUUAAAGUAUAUUAAUCAUGAUGUAAUUUUUGAUCCCUUAGCCACAAACCAACACUCUUUUUCUGAACCAGUUAUUCAAGGAGAACUUUAUUCUUCACUAUGUACAGCUGUAUCAUACCCAGCGUUUAAGGUUUUUCGUGAAACUAGAACUUUGAAGAAAUCUAAAAAAAAAUGCAACAUCUGGAUGUGCAAUAACAAAGAGUAUGGAAUCGAAUGUAAAGUCAACAAGAUUUCUGAUUAUGACAUUAUAAGUGCAGCAGAUCAGGCUAUUGGAUACAAAGAAGGACGAGAAAAUGUAUGCUGUAUGCUCGUCUUAAACUUUGUGCCAUGUGACAGUAAACCCCAUGAUUAUAAUUCACUUUUCCAAGCGUUGAUAAAUUAA